CUAUCGCAUCACAUGCACUGCACUAGCGCUAUCAAAAUUGUCACAUCCAUGUGGAAUCGGAUCACAUAUCUUCAUCCACUUGAUCGACUUCAGCAGCUCCAGCCGUCCCCUGUGUCUCAUCGACUUCUCCUCUGCACCACACAACACCGCACCACGCAAACCAACAGGGAGACAGACAUUGGGACGUGAUCCGAUCGUUGUCAUCAUGAAAUGCGGCUGUUUGUUUGUCUGUUUGUCACCUUCUCUGUCCAUCUCAUUCUCGACUGUGUCAGACAGCAACCGGCUUGACGGCGGCAAGCAAUCGUCGCGUCUCUUUUUCCUGCCCCUCCCUCUGUUGGCCAUCUUGGCUGCAAUGCCUCGUCCAGCAGGUGCGUCCAUUAGAGCGUCCACCUGUUGCUGGCUGUCCUCUUUAUCAGAGCGCAAUGGCGCCAGAAUGGCCCCCAAACGCUGCGAGGCACCACAAGUAGAUAGACACAGACAGACAGACACACAGACACACAGACAAACAGUGUCAGACACGACACGUUUGUUUAUGUCUUGCGUGUCUGGUGAUCUGAUUCCUCCCGUCUGGUGCCCCACCUUUCUCUUGCUGUAUCUGAUGUCUCGGCGGCCCAUGCCCACACGCCGCUGAGGCACGCCACGCGGCACAAAUGUAUCGAGAAGAUGCACCAGCUUGGACAUAGAAAAACUGUCGGUUUGCAGCGCGCUCUGGAGAUUCCCUGCAAAUGCCAACCAAAAUACACACCACACGGAUUCGGCGGUGGUCCGUCUGUCUGUUCUGUGUGGGAUUGGGCUGACUAUUAAAGUUCUUGUCUGCUUCCCACCCACCGCAAAGAGCGAUCCAGGUGGCGGCUUUGCCGACUUGGCAUGGCACGGUCAUCGCGAUGCCGCCUGGAAGCCGGAGCUUUCCUUGUUUGUGCAGACGGCCAAGAGUGUGCGACGACCGAGCGCCGUGCUCGUCGUCCCAGAGGAAGAAGUGAUAGAAUUCAUGCUCGUGAGAAGGAAUGUAGCAGCUCUGCACGCACACAUUAUGCAGACGGCUGUCUGAAAGAGAGACCAGUGCUGUGCAAAGAGGUGAUCCAGGAGGGACACGAAAACCUGCAGCACGUCACAGAGAGAAAUAAGUGAGUGAUUGACUGAGACACCCCUUACGCCUCUCACCAUACCUGCCCGGGUAUGUGUUGUGGCAGCCUCUGUCUGUGGGUGGUCUUGUGGGCUGCCACCAGUGUGUUGAAUAUUAACUUCAUCUUCCCGCCGUUCUUCGUGAUGUCUCGCACCAAUCUGUCAGCAGCAUGUCUCUUGUUCUCUUCGACCACUGAUCGAUCGUCACACAUACGAGGUGAGAGUGCGCAUCCGUGUCGGCUUACAUGUUCCUUCUGACAUUUGCCACUUCGUGCGCUUCCCUGGCUUCAUGCGAUAAGGCUCCAGAGGCCUGGGAAAGCACACCGUAAAGUACCUGCCUUUGUCUCGGCCUCACCCAUUUCCCUUUGCCUUCUCACGUGAUGGUCUUGCCGUUGAGCAUGUCGAUUAGCACCUCAUGCGUCUCGCUGCUGCUCUGACCAAGAAGCGCCUGCUUUCUUUUCAAAGACUCCCAAUACCGCCCCAGCUGGCCGUUCCUGUGCAUCUGCUGCACGUAGCUGGCCAGGUGCAUAGUAGUGGCGAGACACGGCGGACUGCCAGCCAUGCCGAAAGCUGCGAGUAUCAGCGAGUGCUUGGAUUUCCUGUAGCCGAGCUUCCAUGCCCGUGAGUCGAGAUAGUUGGCCUCUGUCGCCUGAACUUACACACCUCAAUGAGUGCACAAAUUGUGUCGUCGAUGGCUGCACUACAUGCCCACCAGGGUGAGAUAGUUCGUGAGGACCAUGUCUUUUACAUCUUCAAGCUCGCCGUUCUGGUUACAUUCGCUAUUGAGAUGGUGGACAAUGUACGUCAGCGGCGUGAAUACUCCCACCGUCACAGUGCCGCUCUCUAAUAAGAAACGGGUGCCUCUCUGGUGUUCGAGCCUAGCGAAAGCCAGGGUGAUGUCCGAAGCUAUAAUGUACCUGCCGUGAGCCACCGCUUGCACCAGCCACCACAGCAAGUGCCUUUUCACGACCACACUGACCGCCAGCCACUGUCUCCACCGCUCUGGGCUGAGCUGUGUGAAAAUCUUGAACAACUGCAUGUUCCCAGCCCACUCGCUGCUGCUCUUCUCCCAGAGGUCCUGUGCCGCGACAGCGUUCUCCCGUAUGAUAAGAUAGCCAUUGUCGUUCGUGCCUCUUGUGUCUCGAGGGACUGAAAAAGGGAUCGCAUCGUAGUCAGCAUUGCGUUGAAUGUCUCCGCCGACAUCUGAUACGCAUACCCUACAUGCAGAAUACAAAGAAAGGAACAAUGCCCUAUGUGAUCAUCCAUGGUGUCCUUGUCCUUGCACAUACCUGUCUCGGCGAGGUAUCUGAGGCACCUCUCUCCCUCUUGCUCGACCACAUGCACCAUCAGAGUGAGUCUGCCUGUGGACAUUCACUAUCGUGUCUGCUGUCAGUAUUCGCUGCCCUGUCUCGCCAUACGGCCCUUCGAGAGCCACUCGCAAAACAGCACUGCUGUCAGCAGCAAUCGCCGAGCCGAGGAAGCUCAGCCCGUUAAAGUUCAGCCGAGAGAGGUACUUGACGUCGGGCACCCAUUGCAGCAUGAUCUGGACCAUUGCUGUGUGGCCCUCCGAGGCGGCAAUGUGCAGCACUGUCUGCAGGCGAAGAGAAACGAUGAUGGAGACAUGAGGGGGUUAUUGGAUUCGUAGUAUAUUGCCUUCUCCAUCUCUUUGUCCGAACAUGAUUUUGAGGAGGUCAGUCCUGGCGCCGAAAAAAAGCAUAGCCUGGAGCACCCCGACAUCCUCGUUCUUCGCUGCAAGGUGCACUGGAGUCCAUAGCCGCUCAAGCGACAUCUGACGGAAGACUCGUCUCCUAUAUAUUUGGUCCCAUGAAAUGGCUCCCUCGGCCGCCGCUGCAGCAGUGGUGUUGCCGUCUCCAAGGUCCCAGAACGAAGUGACAAUGUCAUAGUGCCUGCAGCAAGCCGGGAGAAAAUGGAAAUGGCUGUGUGAGUGAAUACUGCUAAUGUACUUGCGGUGCUUUGCGAUGUAUGCCCUGUCCAUCAGGAAGCCCAUAAUGAGCUACGCCAUCUCGCCAUUGCCAUUUUCCGCAAGCACAUGGAGCGACGAUGUGUGGAGGUUCUUUCCCUCGCCCGGAUGGAGGUCAGCCUGCAUAACGAUCUCGUCGUUGUGGAGUGCAUACUUCCUUGUGAUGGCGUCAUCCAGGUUGGCGCCCAUCUCGAACAUUUCUCUCACAAGAUUCACACUGCCGCCCCGGAUGGCAUACCUGCAGACAAAAGGGAGGGACAAACACGGAGCACAGUGUGUAAUGCGCACGCACGUGUCCCCUGCUUUUGGACGCCUACAUGAGCGGGGUAUACUCAUCAUGUGCAUCGUGAAUCGAAGCCCCGAAUGCUGUCAGAAAGAUGCCCUUGGGUGUGUUGAGCCACUCGCGCAGAUCCUUUUCCAUUUGUUCGGUCUUUUCGCUGAGGAUGUUAUGCGCCACGUUGUAAUGGCCGUUCGAUGCAGCAUGGCACAACGGGAAAUAUAGCGGGUCGAUGUUGAAAUCAGCGCGCGCAUUUGCCCUGUUGACGAGCAUCUUGAAUAUUCUGAGACGGCCGUGUUGGGCUGCCAGAGACAUGGCCGAGGUGAGUGCAGUGUCGUCGGUCUUUGUAGGGUCGGCGCCAAGAGACAAAAGGGAAAUCACGACUGCAUAGAGAAACGCACAUGAGGGUGAGCACUCCUUAAAGAUGACACAUACAGAGUGUACCUUUCUCGUGUCCAUUCAUUGUUGCCAGCAUGAGGGGACUGAAACCAUUGACGCCGGGGAAGUCAACAAUCCGCUCGAACUCUCCCGCGCUGCACAGACCACACACGAAACUGGCUCCUGUUGCGUGCUCUUUCCUCUGGUCUUUCUUAUAGAAAUCUCCGUUUCGCUUGGAAGAGCAUCCAUUCCAGUAGCCUCAGAAGCCCGCUGCGUGCUGCGAAAUGGACCGGAGCCUCAAAGUACUCGAUGGCAAUCGCCUCCUUUCUUCCAUAGAAAGAGUUGACGGCCUUCGACUUGAUCCACUCCAGGUCAAGCCGGAAGACAUCGUCUGUCACGAUUUCAUCCACAAGAAAGACGAGAGGGUAAAUGUAGUCUCGUUUCAUGUCGGUUCACUCGCCUACCUACCAAUUGCGGUCAGACGUUCCUUCAACAGGGGCCACUGUUUGUCCCUGUUGCCGCCCAAACCAUACGAGAGGCGUAUCUCCCUGUGAAUGACGAUCACGGCCGCCUCGCGACACACGAGUUUGUUCCCGCUCUUGAGCCUUCUGCGCGCGUCAUCGGACUGUUUUGUUGAUGGAAGGACCAUGUCGUAGAUGAGUUGUUCACACUGCUCUGAGAGAAACAAAGGGAGGAUCUUCAUCACGUGUUGGUGUUAAGUAAAUGAUGGGUGUGUCUAGAAAGACCUUCUUGACUGAUUCCUUUCAUAUGCCCAAUUUCUUGGACCGCUCCGAGGUCCAAGAAAUUGGGGACAUGGAAGGUCCACCGGCUGAGUUCCUCCCUCCGUGCCUCUGGUGUGUCUGCUGCAGCGAGAGACGACCAGCUGGGCGGAUCGCGCUUGUGUCUCAACUCAGGAAUCGUGACUCGUACGUGCAAUACAAGCUGAGAGAGACAGACAAAGGAAUGAAUGAAUAGUCUCACUGAAUGCCGCUCAUGCCGCUUGCCUUUCUGUCUUUGACGCCUUUGACCAUUUCUUGAACCGCUGUGUUGCAGAAGAGCAGCUCGAUUUUGUGUGAGUUGUCAGAGCCAUGCCACGUUGGCUCGAGGCCACCACCCGAGUAGUCAUCCACACGAUGCAACCUUGUGGCCGUGUGUGAAGUCUCUGUGGCGAGGAGUGGGAUGCAGUUCUAUACAAGACAACAACAUACACACCAGAGACCAGAUGCCAUCCACCACCCUUCCAUAAAUGUCCUUUUUGGUCCGUUCGGCUCACUUACGUAGCUGCACCGGAUCGUUGUGGCCAUAGCGAGGGAAUCCCCACCGCACUCCUUGACGCCGGUCCGCAUGUUAAUGAAUCGAUCCCAAGUCAGCCUCACACUGCUUGGAAUCGGCGCUUUCUGCCGCAGCAAUUCCGACACGCUCUUGCCGUGAGUAUUCAGCUGGGAGAAGUAAACACGACACAUCGUCAGAACGAGGGCACCCAUGCCUUCAGCUGACCUUCUUGGCGUAUAUAUAGUAAAUCUCUUUCUCGAUGUCACACUCGUUGGUGCCUCGGCGGACAUUAAAGUAUCCCUCGUUUGCAAACUUAUGACCCAUGCUGUUGCGCACGAUCCAAUAGGGAUUGCUGUGGCCGCCGCCCCACCCCACCAGCACCAUCCCAUGUCUGCCUGUAAAGGGCGAUAUCCUGAAAGCAUCAACGAGCCAAUAAGAGUAGAGACGACGUGGUGUGGCUGCGCGGCGAGCUGCACCUGCCCCAUGCGUAGACGGCGUUUUUGUCGUAGAGCUGAAUCUCGUCCAGACAGUAGGCGAAGUCAUAAUAAAUAUCAGACUGCAUGACAGCAACACUAUAAAAACGGAAGCAUCCACAAAACACCACGUUACCAGUCCUGUCUCGACGAAUGCGAGCGUUUCAAUAGUGACUUACUGUGACGGGCAGACUACCGUAAUGCAUCAGCUGCAGCUGGAUGCACUUGACCACCUACAUGCACAGUCGUGAAAGACAAAGACACACUCGUCUACAGACACAUGCACGGCUUCGAAGAGACCACGGGCAUGUCUCACUUGCCUCUGCCCCCGUCAGCCGUCGAUCGAGCAAUGUGUCUCGCAUGGUCGUGUCCGGCAUCAAGAACACGCCCGACUGAUAAUCUGGGUGCCGCCGCCCCUCGGGAAUCUCGUGAUAGUCCAUUGCCUUCCAUGGCCGCGGCAGCCUCGCAUCACACUCAGGCACCAGGAACUUGCCAUCCGGACUGUACCAAAGCAUACAUACACAAUGAUGUUGGUCGUCGUCCUUUCUCGUCGUGUUUGACCUUUUGCGCACGUUCUUGAUAGAGCGACAGUGGUGGUUGUCAUUGACCAUCGCGGAGCCAUGGAUGUCGGAGGGCUGCAUUGUCACACAGAGAAGACCUGUCUCUGUCAGGCUCAUGGAGAGGAUGAUUGGCGUGACGUUCUUGGCGAGAUGAUUACCAUGCAGCCUGACAUAUAGGGCAGGCUAGUGUCAAGAGCCGCCCCGUUCCCGACCAGGUAGUCCAACGCCACGUGGAUCUCGCCACCUGUCGUUCGCCAGACACCAUCGAUGGGCUUCUUGUCAUUCUUUCCCACCUUCGCAAGUGUAGUCCUCAACACACGAGACAAGGUCCUGCGCCGAGAAGGUAUGUCGAUGUCCGUCCAUCACAAGGGAAGGGGCGACACCGUGCUCCAGGUCACGCACACAAUGCCGAUCGGCAAACAUGCCUGCUGCUGCGAAAGCGUAACACGCACUGCACUCGCGCUGGCACAAACAAACAGACAGACAAGGCAUGCCUCGAGACACAGCACAGCCUGCUCAUCCCACCUGAUCUUCGACAAGAUAGCUAGGAAAGCAUGUGUGCCAUUUGUGUGAGGGCUGUCGAGGGGUCGAACUCAUCCGGCACUUUGGCAUCAU